CAACCGAACAGUACAUAUUUGAAGUGACGGUUAAACAAGGGCAGUUCACAAUUUUUCCAAAAAGUUAUGGCAAAAGGCAAGAAAACCAAAGGCAAAAAGAAAAAAGUAGUCGAAGACGAUCCAAACGCUCUGACAGAAGUGGACAAGACCUUUUAUGAGCUGACCAUAGCGGAUUUGAAUAGAAAACUAGCUAGAUUGAGAUCAUUGACACAAGAAUUAGAGGAGAAAAACGAGGAAUUGGAGCAACAAGGCCAGAAAAAUGAUGAGGACAAAUCGGAUAUAAUCACGUAUCUCAAACGAAUGAUUCAAGAGAAAACGAACGAAAUCAACGAGUUGGAAGAGAGAAUCGUCGGUCUGCAGGAAACCCGGCAAACUGAAACAGAGCAAUUUGAAACGAAAAUCGUCGAACUGGAACAGGAGUAUAAGCAAAUGCAUGAACAAUUGACAUCGGAAAAUAAAUUAUUAGAUGGCAAAUUAAACUCUCUAGAAGAGUUCAGAUCACAACGUGAUGAAUUAAUGAAGAAAUUCGAAGACCAAGAAAAGAAAAUGGAAGUGCAAGAAAAGAGGCACAACAGAGAAAUGUACGAAAUAGAACGAAAAUUUAUCAUCAGCAAAGACAAGCUUAAAAAGGAUAUGGAAGCUAGACUUAUGCAGUUGUCGACGGAGUUUCACGAUGCUUCAGAACUUCGGAUAGCGGCCACAACUCAUAGAGUCAUCCGGGAAAAUAUAGCGGUUAACAAUGAAUUCGACAACAUGCUUCAAAUGCAUCAGAAGUUAUUUAGGGAUUACAGUAAUCUGAAGAAUAAAAGCGAGACUCUCAGACAAGAAGCGGUCCUUCAUGAUGUCGAAAAAAAGAAAGCUCUUUCAAAAGUUUUAGUACAAAAAACUUUAAUUGAAAAAAUUACCGAAAAAAAUGGCUAUCUUCGACAAGAUUUAGCGAGAUACAAACGCUACGAGACCGAAAUCAGAGAAGCGAGAAAAAUUACAAAUACCGAGCAACAAAACAUCACCAAUUUGCAGCAUAAGGUGCGCAUUUUGGAGCAAAAUGUGCAUAAAAUGAAAUGCGAUAAUUGCGCACUGGAAACGGAUGUGCUUUACCUGAAGGCAGAAAACGAGAGACUUGACGAUAUUCUGAUGGAAGGAGUCAGUUGCAUUAAGGAAGCAUUAACUAUUAAAUCAGAAAGCGACUCUUCCAUCAAAUCAUCAAAAAGGGAAAAUCUCCUAAUUACUCUUUUCUCAUUACUCAGCAAAGGCCACGAGCGGAGAGUAAAAAAACCCUCAUUGGAAACUGUAACAUCAGCUGAAGGCACUUACGCUCUAGGUGAUUUAGGAUUUGUUCCCAAACCAACCGAUCCAAGACCAAUUGCUAAAACUAGAAGGGAUAUUACUUCACAAACAGGUGAAAGUUUUGAGGAGUUCCUCAAUUUCGGGGACGUCUCCCAAUACUACGUGAAGAAGACUUACGCAGAUUGUGAUGAUAGUGAGUUAGAAUUUCCUUUAGAAGUAAAAGUACACAUGGAGGUUGCAGAGGAAAUAUCAGAUGAAAAGAAAGAAAGUGUGCUGUUCUUUGAUGAGAACGAAGCUCCGGAAGAAGAUGAGGAGGAGGAAAGUGGGGAAUAUGAUCCGUUUGCUGAGGUUAAAUCUGAAAAUUCAAAUGCAUCUGCGGAAAUAGAUACAAUCGUACAGAAAAGUGGAGAUGCGAUAGCAGAUCAAGAUAAUUACGAUAAAGCCAGUGAAAGCUUAGCGCAGACUAAAUCUGAAAAUGAAAUAGAAGAACCGUCUGCAUCAAAAUCGCAAGAUCCUGAAGAUCGCAAUGAUGAGCAUCACGAGGAGCCCCCGCUAGAAAGCUAAAGGAACGAAAUAAUGACUGUACCCACUCGAUGAAUCAAUAAAACCAAUCUGCAGACAUAUUAA